AAAUGAAAAAUAAUAAAAUGUUCUCCUCAAAACCGAGGCGCCGUGUUCUUGCUUGCUACUUUUUCUUCUUGUUCAAAUCAAAUCCCAAAAAUCGAAAUUGCUAAUUCUCUUCACCAAAUUUGCUACUUGGCGAUCGAAAACACAGGGCAUGGCUACUCUCAAUGGACAAGAGAAGAUCAAAUUCAAGUACGACGUUUAUGAUGAUGAUGAAGAUGGACCUAAAUGGCCUGUUGUUGAAUCAAUCCCUACCAAAAAAGUGUCCGAUUACCCGAUCGUGGACUCUGGAGAUUAUGUUGAUGAUGGAUAUGAUUCAGCUGACGGGCUCUCUACCACUCCGAUUCAGAGAAAUGUGACACCACCUGAAGUGAACUUGAAAAACGUGUUAAGUGGUUUGAUUGCUAUUGUUACCGGGCGGAACAAGGACUCCUCCUCCUCUGACCAGAAUAUCCCUUCUUCGAAUGUUUCCUUCCUUGGCUCUGGCAAGAACGGAGAUACUUACCUUCAUUCCUCUGUUUACAUACCGAGUGCUCCCCCUCUUCUUGAACCUAGUGGGAUCAAUUAUAGUGUUUACAAGGAGUUGCUUGAAGCCGAACCUCCUGAGUGGCUCCCUGAUAGUUCGACUACUACUUGUAUGCACUGUUCUUCUCCUUUUACUGCAAUCACCUGCGGUAGACAUCACUGUCGGUUCUGCGGAGGGAUAUUUUGUAGGAACUGUUCCAAAGGCAGGUGUUUAAUGCCUAGUCGCUUUCGGGAAAGGAAUCCUCAGAGGGUCUGUGAUUCCUGCUACGAGAGGCUUGAUCCUUUGCAAGGUGUCCUCAUUAACUCUAUUAGUAAUGCUGUGCAAGUUGCAAAGCAUGAUGUUGUGGAUUGGACUUGCUCAAGAGGCUGGUUGAAUCUUCCCCUUGGUCUUUCCAUGGAAGAUGAGAUCUACAAGGCAUCUAUUACCCUCAGAGGUUACUGCCAGGUAGCAACACUAGACCCUGAGAAAUCCAUACCACAUGCUGUUCUUAGUCGAGCUAAAGGUUUGGCGAUUAUAACAGUUGCUAAGGUUGGGGCUUUACUGUCGUACAAACUCGGGACUGGUCUGGUAAUAUCUCGGAGAUCAGACGGGUCAUGGUCUGCUCCAUCCGCGAUACUGUCAGUAGGUCUAGGAUGGGGUGCUCAGAUUGGCGGUGAGUUGAUGGACUUCAUAAUAGUGCUGCAUGAUGUGAAAGCGGUGAAGACGUUCUGCAGCAGAAUGCACUUCUCUCUAGGUGCGGGAUGCAGUGCAGCAGCAGGACCUAUUGGGAGAGUGUUGGAGGCUGACCUUCGAGCUGGUGACAGAGGCUCUGGCGUCUGCUAUACUUACAGCCGCAGCAAAGGGGCGUUUGUGGGAGUAUCUCUAGAAGGAAAUGUGGUGGUAACAAGAAGGGACAUGAAUGUAAAGUUCUAUGGCGAUCCAUACCUAUCCACAUCAGACAUUCUACUUGGGAUGGUGGAUCAACCCAAGGCAGCCGAACCAUUGUACACUGCCCUCAGGGAUCUCUACGCAGGUUUACGCCCGUAGCCUCCAUUCACAUUACAAACUACUCUUUGUAUAUAAACGUUUCUCAGAUUGGUUUCAUAAGUUCGAAACUAUUCAAGUGUACAUGUACAUAAAUUGUUUCCCUCAAGAACCAAACAUUUGCUGCACCAGACUAUGAACGUUUUAGGAUUAUAUUUAUUUUAUCAAAGCUUGUUUACCUUU